AUGAGCGAAGAACAGCCCAAGAAGGCGAAUGUAGUCCAAGGAAGCGUUAAAAAACCCAAAAAAAAGAAAGGAAAAAAUGAGAAAUCUGCGAAGAAGCCAAGUGACAUUGUGAGCUGCAUAGCUUUUCUGCCCAGGGACAAGAAGAAGCCCGGUGGGCGCCAAUUUGAGCAACUCAGCGAACAGGAUCUAUCAAGCGACAGCGACCAAUGCGAAAGACGCAAGCGAAAAAAGCAGAGAGACGAAGCAGACUCUUACGAUGCACUCCAAAAUGUUUUUAACGACGAGAAGGAAAGCGAAAAAGUAAUAAACGAAGACAGCAUCAUAGAGAAGGACAAAAAAUACCUUUUCGAAGAUGAGCUAAGUAUAGAAGAUGGCGAUGCAUUAACCAUGAAUGGGAAAAUAUAUAGUGAUAUUGGCACGUUAGAAAUUCACAUUGUUAAUUACGACGAAGACAUUUUUAACAUUUACGACGAUGUCAUUAUUGAUGAUUACCCCUUAUGUCUGGAGAUGAUAGGAGAAUCAUACUACGGGGGUAAGAACAUUGUAGCCGUUGGCACCAUGAAGAAGGAGAUUGGGCUGUGGGACAUUAACAACAUCGACACGCUGGAGGCCCUCAGUUAUUUGGGCGGCAGGGAGGGCGCCACGCACGGGGGAACCCGCAAAAAGCGGCGCAAGGGGGUGGGAGGAGCAGCGGAAGGAACAGCAGCAGGAGAUUCAAACGCGGGAACAGCAGCGGAAGAUUCAAUCGCGGGAGGAGAAGCGGGAGCUUCACAAAUGGGAACAUCGCCUGCGGAAGAAGCCGCCAGUGGAGCGUAUGAAAAACGGGUGGCGGGGCAAAAAAGGAAACAGAGCAAAAAUAACCUACAGGGCCACACAGAAUGCGUCACGUGCCUUAACUCGUCCAAGCUAAUACCCAAUUUGAUGUGCAGCGGGUCCAAGGACUGUUCCAUUACAUUGUGGGACCUAUCCAAUCUAACCUAUCUACAUACCUUCAACUUUCACAAAAAGAAAGUUAACAAUGUUUGCUUCCACACGAAUGAAAGUAGCAUCCUCCUCUCAACCGCAUCGGACAAAACUCUAAAAAUAUAUGACAUAAGAAAAGACACAGUUGGGUUAAACAUACCUCUGGAGAGUACCCCCGAGUCGACCACUUGGAGCAGAUUCAAUGAGAAGGAAAUUUUUCUAUCUGACGUUGAUGGUUAUGUGAACAAAAUAGACAUACGUUACGUUACGGAUCCAUCUUCCAGCUUUUCGCACAACAACAUAGUUAGGUUUAAGGCCUUUUCAAAUUCAUGCAUUUCUCUGGUCAGCACGCAUUACCCAAAUUUGACUCUCGCAGGGUCCGAAGAUGGCCUCGUGAAAGCCUACGACUUUGGCGCCUUCGGAGAGGCGGGGCCUCCCUGCGUGUACACGAAGAACCUUAAGAGGAACCUUUACUGCAUGAAGGACAACGGAGACUGGCCCAAUGUGAUAUUUUUCGGCUGCGACAAGCUCUACGACUGGGACUUGAAAUCAUGCACGGAGUUACGUGAAUAUUUCAAGCUGUGA